AAUGAUAACUUGGGCCGAUUUGUGUGUGUUGUCUCUGUCUUAUCAAUUUCUAGACUUUUCCUUUUCUUAAUCUUAUCAAUAAUCCAGUUUUACAUUCGUUUUACAAGUUACCUGUCUAGUUUUCUAGAUUUUACUCUCAUUUUUAAGCCGUCGGCAUGGUCAAUUUUAGGGUGCUAGCUAGAGGGAUGUCGACCGUCGCCAAGUCGUUUGCUGAGAAUGCUGUGGUGCCCGAUGUUAUUCCCGUCGCCCCUGCCGCGCUGGUUAAGGUGAACUACCCCAGCGGUGUGGAGGCGAAAGAGGGCAAUGAAUUGACACCGACUCAAGUGAAGGAUCAACCCACUUUGAAAUGGGACGCUGAGCAAAACACCUUCUAUACGGUGGCCAUGACAGACCCCGAUGCGCCGUCGCGUAAGGAGCCAACAUUCCGCGAAUGGCACCACUGGCUGGUGGGCAACGUGGUUGGUAGCGACUUGUCUACUGGAGAAGUGCUGUCCGCGUACGUAGGCGCCGGACCACCGCCAGACACUGGUCUUCACAGAUACGUCUUCCUGGUCUACAAACAGCCCGGGAAACUAACAUUUGAUGAGCCACGCCUGCCCAACACAUCGGAUAAGGGUCGUGCUAAGUUCUCCAUCAACAAUUUCGCCACCAAAUACAAUCUCGGCAUUCCGAUCGCUGGCAAUUUCUUCCAGGCGAAGUACGAUGACUAUGUGCCCUUGCUCUACAAGCAGCUCGGCAACUAGACACGUCCGCUCCCCGCGAGUAGUCAGCUAAGACUGAAAUAAAUUGGCUUCCAAACUGCAAUCCUAAUCAACAGAUGGCGUUGUUUAAAUACAAAUCCUUUUGAAUCUUUUAAAUGGCACGUGAAUGAAUUUUCGGCUAUCAAACGAAAAGAGUUAUAUAUCUUAAGAGAUGUAACUAUUUUUCUUUGUUUUUGCUUCUGAAGACUAAA